AUGGGACCGAAAAAGACCCCACCACAGGCAACUAUUAAGCCUAAGAAGACGCUAAAGAAAAUUACAAUUGAGCAGAAGAAGGAGAUAAUUGGUAAACACGAACGAGGUGUACGUAUGUGUGACUUAGCAUCCCAGUACCAGUAUGCUAAGUCAACCAUUGCUACCAUCCUUAAGAACAAGGAAGCUAUUAAGGGUGCGUGUGUGGCUAAAGGUGUUUCUGUGUUGUCUAAGCAACGGUCUCAGGCAAUAGAAGAAGUUGAAAAACUUCUGUUGAUUUGGAUUAAUGAAAAGCAGCUAGCAGGGGACAGUGUGAGUGAGAGUAUUAUCGCCGAGAAAGCACGGCAACUUCAUUCGGAUAUCAUCAAGAGGCAACCUGGAAGUUCGUCAUCCAUUGAUGAUUUCAAGGCUAGCCACGGGUGGUUCGAGAAGUUUAAGGGUCGUACAGGGAUUCAUAGUGUCAUUCGUCAUGGUGAGGCAGCCAGUUCUGACAAUAAAGCUGCCGAAGCUUACAAGGAAUCAUUCCUCAAGAUGGUGGAAGAAGAAGGCUACGUUCCUCAUCAAGUGUUUAAUGCUGAUGAAACCGGCCUUUUUUGGAAAAAGAUGCCUAACCGGACUUUCAUUACACAGGAAGAGAAGUCCGUCCCUGGGCAUAAGCCAAUGAAAGAUAGGCUAACCCUCCUGAUGUGCGCCAAUGCCAGUGGCGACUGUAAGAUAAAACCAAUGUUGGUUUAUCACUCAGAAAACCCAAGGGCCUUCAAGAAAAACCAGGUGGUUAAAUCCAAGCUUCCUGUAAUGUGGAAGUCCAACACCAAAGCUUGGGUUACUCGUCUCCUGUUUAUGGACUGGAUGCAUGAUGUUUUCGCUCCUUCAGUGAGGAAAUAUCUCGAGGAGAAAGGGCUCCCUGUCAAGUGUCUUCUUCUCCUUGACAAUGCCCCAGCGCAUCCACCAAGUUUGGAGGAGGAACUUCAAGGUGAUCUUGAAUUCAUCAAGGUCAAAUUCCUCCCUCCCAACACAACCCCCCUCCUGCAGCCCAUGGACCAGCAAGUGAUCGCAAGUUUUAAGAAGCUUUACACUAAGGCUUUAUUUACUCGGUGCUUUCACGUGACCAAUGACACCGACCUAUCCCUUAGGGAUUAUUGGAGGGACCAUUUCAAUGUGUAUCAUUGUGUUCAACUGAUAGAAAAGGCUUGGCAUGAUGUUACCUUUCGAACCUUGAAAGCAGCAUGGAAGAAGUUGUGGCCCACAUGCAUCCUUGAGAGGGACUUAGAAGGAUUUGAUCCUCGAGACUCUGUUGUUGUGAACGACAUUGUUUCCAUGGGACAGAACAUGGGACUCCAAUUGGAUGCAGAUGACGUCGAGGAGCUUGUUGCUGACCAUAAUGAGGUCCUCAACACAGAGGAUUUGAUUCGCCUUCAAGAGGAGAAGCAGAAGGAAGCCAUUCAGGAGUUGUCAUCUGAGGACGAGGAGGAGAUGGCUGCAGCAUCAAGUGAGAGCAUCAAGACCAUGUUAGCUAAGUGGAGUGAUGUGCAGGCUUUUAUCGAACAGUACCAUUCAGAAAAGACUGUGGCUAUGAGAAUCAUCAACAUGAUGAAUGAUAAUGUGAUGCUUCAGUUUCGUAAGACCCUACAACUCAGAAAGCAACAGGUGUCAAUUAAGAGGUUUUUAGUCAGCAAAAAGGAUAAAGAGUCUCCUUCUAAGAAGCAAAGAAGACAAGCCACACCGGAGGACGAGCAAAGCCUGUGCAAGAAACACAGUUUGCCUGCUAAAUUACAAGGUGACACUGACGCCUGCAUGUCAGACUGCGUACGCUGA